UCACUAUCGCUCCCUUGUAUCUUUCAGCAUACCAGAUAUAUGGAGAAUGAUGUAGCUAAAGAGGUUGAAGCAAUGCUGGAGAAGGCACAACCUUUGUUUACAACCAAAAGCUGCUGCAUCUACAAAGUGCCCCAUCAAAUCCGCCAAUCAAGCGAAGAUGCAUACACCCCGGUGCUUGUUUCAAUUGGCCCUCUGCAUCACGGGAAUUCUAGACUGGUAACCAUGGAAGGGCACAAACAGUUUUAUUGUCAACAUUUCAUUCAAAGAUCGGAGGCAAGUUUGACCGAUUUGGUGAGUUGCGUGCAACAGUUGGAACCACAAAUUCGUGCAUGUUACUCGGAGAAAAUCGAACUCGCAGUAGAUGAAUUGGUGAAGGUGAUAUUCAUAGACUGUUGCUUCGUAAUUGAUCUUUUUCUCAGAGAUUAUGAGCGGACAACAGAGGAUGAUGUUAUCUUCUCAAAAGAUUGGGUUUGGAAUCUGGUAAGCGAUGAUUUGAGAUUGCUUGAAAAUCAGGUUCCUUUGUUUGUUGUUGAGAAAAUAUACAAUCUAGCUUUUGCUUCUCGCUUACAUGGUGAUGGAUUCCCUUCAUUUAUGUCGCUUGCUGUUAGUUAUUUUUCAUAUUUCAACAAACAAGGAGUGUUAGCACCGGCUAGUAGCAGUAUAGCACACUUCACUGAUCUGAUUAGAUACUUCAUGUUGCCACCAUCUCAUAAAAGACCUUUAAGGAACGAUGGACCCUUAGUCCUUGGUCACAGUGCAUUUGAGUUAGUUGAAGCAGGAGUGAAGUUCCAAGUAAAUAAAUCAAGUCAUGGCUGCAUACUUGACUUGGAAUUUGAGCAUGGUAUCCUUAAAAUUCCACACAUUAUAGUAGAUGAUUUCACUGAAGUUUGGUUGAGGAACAUUGUGGCUUUGGAACAGUGUCACUAUCCUCGACAUCACUACUUCACUGACUACGUUGACUUCCUUGCUCAACUUGUCAACACAAACAAGGAUGCGGAUGUCCUCAUCAAAGCUCGAAUAAUUGAGAGUAAUGUAAGUGGUAAGGACACUUCAGUGGCUAAGCUAUUCAGCGAUGUUUGGAAAAAAAUUCUAGUGUUAAAUUAUAAUGCCAAUUAUCUCCAAAUUUGCAAUGACUUGAAUGCUUUUUACGAACAUCCCUGCCGCACUAAAAUAGCAACUCUGAGACGCGAUUAUUUCACCACUCCAUGGAAGACAGCAACUUCUAUUGCUGGAAUUCUAUUGCUCCUUCUUACUGUUAUUCAGACUGUAUGUUCCAUUCUCCAGCUUCAUUCUUAA